GUCUUGGACUCUAUGAUAGAGUCUUGCAUUGGGAGUGGCCUGAGAAAACAUUUUUUGUUGGGCCCAAAAAUAUGAGCUUCCGCUAAUAGAAUUGUGCCGAGGCCCAAAGAGCGACGGAAUCGGGCCCGAACUCCAUCCAGAAAAAAGAAGACGUGGGACCCACCCAAACGCAAAAGGCGGCAAGUUACCAGGUUACGAGGAUGCAGGUCUAGCCACUCACCCAAACUCCGAACUCCCGUGCCCGUUAACCCGUUACUCUUCCUUCCGAAGGAAGGAGCCGGCUGCCGGCUUCCCACAUUCCGCGCGCAUAUAAACCGACGCAACGAACUCCACCCUGUGUUUCCAUCAAGGAGAACUCCACCCACCCUUGUGACCCCACCGACCAGUGGCCGCGAUCCGGACGAAGGGAGGGACCUAUCCGUAAUUUCGGAAAGGAACCUGGGGGAGGAUGCCGAUAGACAUGCCCCGGGGGCUCCCCUUCGCCGUCGACACGUGGGGUCCCUCCGCCCGGCGCCGGCGCCACCGCUUCCUCACCCACGCGCACCGGGACCACCUCGUCGGCGCCGGUGCCGACAUCGACGGGGGAGGGACCGUCUACGCCACCCGCCUCACCCUGCACCUCGCGCUUCGCCACUUUCCCCAGUUGGGGAGUUGGGAGUUCGUGGAGAUGGAGGUGGGGAGGACGGUGGAGCUGGAUGACCCCACCGGCGCCUUCUCUGUCACCACGUACGACGCAAAUCACUGCCCCGGGGCAGUCAUGUUCUUGUUUGAGGGUAAAUUUGGUACCAUACUUCACACAGGGGACUGUCGGCUUACACCAGAUUGUGUACAGAAUUUGCCAAUGAAGUACAUAACGAAGAAAGGAAACAAUAACAUUUGCCGACUUGACUUUGUAUUCCUAGAUUGCACCUUCUCCAAAUGCUUCCUCAAGCUACCGAGCAAGGAGUCAGCAAUUCGGCAGGUUAUAUCUUGCAUAUGGAAGCAUCCACAUGCACCGUUUGUUUUCCUUGCUUGUGAUCUUCUUGGGCACGAAGAUAUACUAGUUGAGGUGUCACGGACUUUCGGAUCGAAAAUUUAUGUUGACUGGAGAUUGGAUUGUUUUAAAGCACUAUCACUGACAGCCCCUGAAAUCAUCACUGAUGAUUCAUCUUCUCGCUUUCAGAUGGUUGGGUUCCACCAAUUAUAUGAUAGAGCAAGCAAAGAGCUUGCAGUGGCAAGGGCAAAUCUCCAACCUGAACCCUUAUUUAUUCGUCCAUCAACACAGUGGUAUGCAAGCUGCGCUCGGAAACAGAAACCCAGCCUAACAGAAGCUGAGCAGGAUGAGUUUGGCAUCUGGCAUGUUUGUUUCUCCAUUCACUCCUCUCGUGAUGAGUUGGAGCAGGCACUACAACUUCUCCAACCUCAGUGGGUUAUUUCAACAACUCCGCCGUGCUUCGCCAUUGAGCUGAGCUAUGUAAAGAAACAUUGUUUCAAGACCCGCUUAACAGCUGAUGAUCCACUGUGGAAAAUAUUCAGAGAUCCUCUUGAAAAGUCAGUCUCCUCCCCUUGUUCAGUGCUUGAGUCUGAAACACAGUCAAAUGAAGAUGACUCAAAUUUUGUUGUUGGUGAUGAUCAUUCAUCUUGCACCAGCGAUGGAUGUACAUAUUUAAAUGUGAUAAGCACCCUUGAACUGAAAUUUGUGCCACCCCCUCCACCUGAAGAACCAGACAUUACAUUGUUUGGAAGAGCAAGAUUUGCCUCUCAAGCAAUUGACAUUAUGAAAGAAGAGUACAUUGCCUUAGAAGAAGCCAGGGCAAGUGCACCAAUAGAUUCGGUUCAUGGUAGUAGUGAAGAUGUUGAAACAUAUUCUGCAAUGGAUUUCAAUACGAAACAACCACCAGCCUCCCAGCAGGAUCCUAUGGAAGUUGGAGAUGAUGUGGCUUCCUGUAAGCAUGAAGCAACAUCAACGCAAUUAGAAGAGUUUCAAGUGAAGUCAUUACCUACUGUUCAACGCAAUAUAUUAGUGGUGUCUGAUCAACUUGAAAAGUCAGAAGUUGCAAAGGAGUCAAAAUCAUUGGGAUCCACGGAAGACUUAAACCUUACCAUGGUCAAAAGUGCAGAAAGAACUGAUUGUCAAAAGGAACCUUCAUGCAUUAUUGGAUCAUCAAAAUGUUUGAAUGCAAGUUUGAAGAGGCUUUACAGGUCAAGGAAUAUCCCUGUUCCUAGACCUCUGCCGCCACUUGUCAGACUUUUGGAGUCCUCUAAACGGGUCAAAAUGCAACCAAAUGCUAAUUAUAAUUCAUUGAAUUCAAGACACAGCUUACCCUAAUGACAUGGUUGAGCUUAUACUCAUAUAUGGCAUAUUGUGAUAGCAAGAUGUUCAGAUUUCUGAGUAUAUAAAUGGAUUAUUUUUGAAGAAGACACCUGUGUAUUGGUGGUUGUGAUAACCCAAAUACUCGGAUUCUACUGGGAUACAAGUAUACCUGGAUUGGUUCCGAAGAGGAUACCUGUACAGUGUUGAUCCAGCUUUCAUAAGCUUAUACAGGAGCUUUGUACGAUUUUCAAACUGUUGUACAAAUAAAUAUGAUGUAGUUUUUUUUUUUGACAAAAUGAGCUUUAUUAAUUGAAAAUAGUUACAUCUCUUAGUACAAACUCAUAAAUGAAACUAGGAGGCUCAUCGUCCCAAAUACAAUCUUGCUUAGAUUGUCUUGCUCUCCUUGCCAGCUCAUGCGCUACACAAUUAGCAUCUCUACUGCAAUGUUGUAUCAAAAUUUUCUGAAACCUUACAUGAUGACUCUUUGGAUAAUCUGAGGUGUUUUAUUCUUCUA